AUGGACCACCCACCUCCGGUCGCCCCUCCGCCGCCCUCCUCCUCCCCGGAGUCCUCCAUCUCCACCAUCGAGCCCCCGGCACCACCGCCACCCGGCAACCACCCCCGACUCCUCGAGAUCAGCCUCAUCUCGGCCCAAGACCUUGCGCCCGUCUCCAAGUCCUUGCAGACGUACGCGGUCGCGUGGAUUGGGCCAACCCGAAAGCACACGACCCGAACUGACAACAAGGGCCACAAGAACCCCACGUGGAACGACAAGUUCGUCUUCAACGUGGAGGCCGAGGCCGAGGAUGCUGUCCUCACGGUCGAGAUCUAUACCGUGUCAUGGUUUCGAGACGUGCUCGUGGGUGUGGUCAAGGUCUUGGUCAACGACCUGGUCAACCCGACAGGCGGGGCCCGACCCAGGGGGACUCGGUUUGUGGCCCUUCAAAUUCGGCGCCCAUCUGGCAACCCACAGGGGAUACUCAACAUGGGGGUCGCCCUUCUCGACGCCACCAUGAGGAGCAUGCCCCUAUCUGGGGUCCGUAAUUAUCACCACGAAAAUGCUAAACAGGUCCAUGAUGACAAUGUCGAUGACGUCAUCAACAAAGAACUAAACUCAAAAAUCCACCUAUGGCGGUCCUUAAGUGUUGGCAGUUCAGAGGUUGCCAACAAUGAUGACUUCCCAUUAAAAUCGGGCUCAAUUUGUAAUGGGUCGACUGUCGAGAAUGGCUCUGAACUCUGCUCGGAUAUCGGGCCUUCAGCCUCCAUCGUGGCAGCUGAAAUGUCUCGAAAACUCCAACCGCAGCCUGAAAAUAUACCAAACCCUAGAAAUGAUGAAUAUAAAUAUUAUGGUUGGUCAUUUACGGCGUCGAAUAACUGA